AUGUCCCACCGAGCAUCCCCAACGCCACCUCCCAGCUGGGCACGGCAGCCACGCAAGCCUGGCACUCCCCGCCAUCACCCCGGCCGAGCAAAACUUCUCCCACCCCAAGGAGCCCCACAAGGAGACACUUCGGCUGCCGUCGCUUUCCAGCCACCAUCCCCACGGCUCCUCGCAAAGACAAAGCCACGCUUUAAACUUUCGCUCCUCGCCACCGGAGCGGAUGCUCCGCUGGGAGCUGGCACCUCUCGGGCUGGGCGCUGGCCGGGAUGUGCAGCGGGAGGAUGCUUUGCCCUGGCCUCACCUCAGCUCGGUGGGUGGGGGUGGGAGAAUCUCUCGCCGCCGCCGCCGCCUCCUCCUCCGCCACCUCCUCCUCCUCCCCAGCAGCGCCGGUCACUGACGGGCCGGGUGUGCGGCGCGGCUCCCUCGCCCGGUCCCCGCCUCCCCGCUCGCCUCGCUCCCUCCUCCCGCCGCCGGCCCGAGCCGCGCUCGCUCGGCUCUGAGCGGAGCCGGGCGCUGCCGCCGCGGCCGCCCCGCCACAGCCACGGGGGGAGGAGGCGGCAGCGCGCCUGCGCCGCCGGGCCUGCCGACGAGGGAGGGAGGGAUGGACCCGCCGCUUUCCCGGCUCCGGGGCCCGCCGUGAGUACGGAGCGGGCACGGCUGCGGCAGAAGCCCAAGACAAUGCAUCUUUCCAGUAACUCCUGUAAAAAUGCACAAGAGACUUUGAACAAGAACAUGGCCUGAAGAAAGUUAAUGAAGUCGUUAACAGUCUGUGUCACAAAUGAGAAGACUGUGGAUGUUUCUGGUGUUUUCCUUCAGGCCUUGAUGAGUCAUGAAAAUGAUAGCUAAUUUUUCUAAUGGAGCAGGUUCUGUAAGUAAAAGAAGAGGAAAAAACUAAAAUACAGACAUAUGAUGACAGGAGCUACCACUGGUGGUGACCAGUGUAUUGUAAACCAGAAUUUUCAUAAAUCUUAAUGGAAGUUUUGACCUAAUUUACAGAGUCUUCCUUGUUAAUUAACUUUUUUAGAAAGGUCAGACCCUUUUUUUCUGCUAAAGGUCAUGUACUUAAAACUAAGAAAUCUUUUCUCAUCUUCAGAACAAUACAGCAACAUUAAAUUCAGGUGUUUUUUAUUCUGAACAUAUGAAUGGAUCAUGAGCAAUACGCAUGGAGUAUCUCACACCCCUUUGCCCUGUCCUCAUUAAAUAAUUCCUUUUUGUGCUUGUGUGUGAAUGAUCCCAGGGUUAUGCAGUUAUCCAGCAGCAGGCUCAUCCACUGGAGCCUGGAGGUGAUUUCACACAGAAGGAAAAUGACAUAUCAAAAAACCCACAUGGACCUGAUGAUUGUGAGAGAAGUGUGAGAAUCCUUGUGAAACAAGGGUGCCACAUUUAGCUAAAAACCUUGAUUUCAGUAUCAGAAAUGCUGUGAACAUUUCAGUUGAAUUAUUGUUUCUGAAAAUGGUUGCACCUCUUGGUCAGUCAGGUCAAGUGGUACCCAAGGGCUCACAGGCCUUACACCAAGCACACCAAAAACAGGAAUGGCACUGCAGGAAUAUGGACAUUUUCAAAUUAUUCUUCCUAUUUGAAUAACAGCUGAAUGAACUGCCCCUUAAAAACCCCAAAACACCUAUAGAAAGAAAACAGAAAACGCUUUUUUAUUAAAUUGGUGAACCUGCUCAGAAAUAUUGAAGGGACACAGCAAACUAGAGUGGUCACAGGACUUGCCCUAAUGUGGAAGAAAAAACUACCAAUAUCCUAAUUGGGGAAUUUCUCUGACAGGAAACUAGGAUCCAUUCCACUUGACUAUUUCUUCAUGCAAACUACAUAAAGUAUUUUAUAAAACCUAAGUGAUUUCCAUAACAGAAUUUUGGCAGUUUAAAGCAAAACAUUUUGCUAUGACAGUUCCCACAAAUCUUUUAGCUUUGUUUUGCAUUAUAAAUAUGUUAAAAUUAAGCCAUUUCUGUCCAAACAAAAAUUUUUCAGGCUUUUUAAAAAAUAUUUCUUAUUUGCCAAAGUCAAGAUGAAGGCUAAUUUCAAAUGCUGUAACUUAGAUCUGCAUAACCAUAAACCCACAAGGACAUAGCUUUAAUCUUAUAAAUAAGUAAUGUCAUUAGAUAGAGUAUUCUUAUUUUAAUUGACUCUGUUUGCUACUCUGUAUAACAGUGAUUGAAAAAUAAAAGACAUCUCACAUUGGUGAAA